GCAGUCGUCGCAAGCAGUCCACUAGUCGCUCCCGGCUCACAAGGUCGCGUGCCUCCCAGACUGCUAGUCAAUGCUUGGUCUCGUCCAAGCCAGGUGUGUCCAGAGUGCGUCCAGAGUGCGUCCACCCCAGCUCUUUCCCCUUGUGAGACGGUGCCAAGACCAGCACGGAGCCCAUCCACCCCGGGCUCUGUCUCUGUCUGGCUGGUCCCGCCGGUCUAGAUACAUUGAUACAGUGCCGGGACCAUGCAGGUGCAGGCGUCGUUGUCUUGGCUCCAUCCUCGACCCGAAUCCAUCCAUCCACCCAAUCAACCCAAUGCCAGCCAUUAGCCAGCCAGCCUUAGCACCGUGGCCGCCGCCCAUCCGUCCAUCUCAUCAUGCUUUGCUGCUGCUCCCUUGUCUCGCGACUGCUCCUAUCGCAUUCGACAUGCCUCGGCCUCUCCUUCUCCUCAAGUCCCCCGAGUCCCUUCCUCCCCUCUCCUAGACCGACGACAACAUCCCACCCGUGACUUCCAAGCUUGCGACUCGCCAUCAGCACAUUGUUGUUGUUUUUCCUGGCGCCAUCAACAUGAUCGUCGGCCUCUUCCAACCCCUCCCUCUCGAAUAAACCACACCCCCCAGCGCAACCUUCACACAGCUCCCUGCGCAUCAACUCUGGACACGCCUCUGCUCCAGCCACACUCCCUCCUGAUAUGUCAAUCUGUAUAUUUUGAUCUCAAGCUUGCGCGACACCUGUCGCGACACCUCUGAGCGCCCUCAAACGGCCUCCCCCACUUGCCCUGGUCACCAUAGCCAGCCCCUGUCAAGAUGCUCCGUCUUAGGAGGUACCGCGUCUUUGUCGCGUGCGCCUUUGUCUUUGUCUUCCUGCUCUACCGGGUCUCUGUCAACUCGGCCUGGGACAGCAAUAACUUCGACUAUCAGCAGCAACCUGCCGUCAAACCUAACCCCCAGCCGCAGGCCGCCGAGCGGGACGAGGCACAGAAGCCACUUGCUGGAAAACCCCAUCCAGCCUUCGUCGACACUUAUGCUCAGGAUGCUGAGGAGGACAAGGUCAAGAUACCCGAGCUCAAGAGCACCACCGAGGUGAAAGAUGGCUUUGCCUUGCCACCUGCUCCCACCCUGGCCGAUCCCCUCGCGCCCCUCGACGACGAGAGGCGCCCGCCAGAGGAUGCGCCCGCCCCCACCGAGCCGCCUAUUCCUCUCAUUCCCGACCCACGACCUGGCAACGUUGCCGACGCCUACCCACACGCGGUCGACGAGCCAUUGCACAUCCAAGACCCGCCGGGUAGGUACCAAGACAGCCCCCUGGCAACUCCCACCUCGACCACCAUCUACUGGGAGAAACAACCGGAGCGGUUCCCUGUCCCCGAAGAUUCCAUCAUCCCUCUGCCCACCGGCAAGCCAAAGUCCGUACCCAGGGUCCAGCACAACUUCGGUUCUGAGAGCCCCGAAGCCAAGGCCAAGCGGGAAGACCGCUUGGCCGAGGUCAAGGCCGAGAUGAAGCACGCAUGGGACGGCUACGAGAAGUACGCUUUUGGCCACGACGAGCUCGUUCCUGUUCAAAAUUCCUUCAAGGACCCCUUCUGCGGCUGGGCGGCCACUCUUGUUGACGCCAUGGACACCCUCUGGAUCAUGGGCCUGAAGGACGAAUUUGACUCGGCCUACAAGGGCCUCAAGGAUAUCGACUUUACCACAACUCCGCAUCGUAACGAGAUCCCGGUUUUCGAGACCACAAUCCGAUACUUGGGCGGCCUUCUGGCUGCAUACGACGUGAGCGGUGGCCACAAGGGCGACUAUCCACUCUUGCUCAAGAAGGCCGUUGAGCUUGCCGAGGUCUUGAUGGGCAUCUUCGACACGCCAAACAGGAUGCCCGUGCUGUACUACAAGUGGAAGCCCGCCUUCGCCUCUCAGCCAAAACGCGCCAGCACACGCGCCGGCAUAGCGGAGCUCGGCACGUUGUCCAUGGAGUUCACGAGGCUGGCACAGCUGACUGGGAAGGACAAGUACUACGACGCUAUUGCCCGUAUUACAGAUGCCCUGGAAGAGUGGCAAAACCGAGACGAUGAGACGGCCCCAUCGAUUCCAGGAAUCUUCCCGGAGAAUGUCGACGCGUCUGGGUGCAACGCAUCGGCCACAUCAGCCCUCAGAGAGGCCAGCCUCCAAGCUCAGCUGCAGGCUCAGACUGCGGAGCUCGAGGAUCCCCAGGGAUACGUGCCACCUGCGGCUGGAAACACAGGCGCGCUCGACGUGUCGACCCAGGGGAGGCCCAGCGUAGAGUUCCAGGUCAAGCCAAGCGCCGAGGGAAGCCCGGACGUUGGUGCCUUCAAGGCCGUUGAGAAGCGUCAAGUUGGCGAUUACGGAUACACCCCAGAGAGCGGGGUCCCUCCUAGGAACCAAGCUCAGGUACCAGACAUUGGCACUCCAUACAGGGCUGCUUCCAGUUCUCGUUUCCAAAGCAUUGAGGGGUCCGAGCCCCUUGCAGCGAAUGGGCUACCUGCUGAUUGGGACUGUGUGGCUUCGAAUUUGACCGCAGCCCCCGGAAUGGAGACGUUCUCUAUGGGAGGAUCACAGGAUUCCGCCUACGAAUAUUUCCCAAAGCAGUAUCUUCUCCUGGGUGGCCUCGAGCCCAAGUACCGCACCUUGCACGAAAAGACGGUGGCGGCAGUCAAGAAGUGGUUGCUUUUCCGGCCCAUGGCCCCGGACGACCCGGACGUCCUGUUCUCCGCCAAGGUCAGGGUUGCUAGCGGCGUCGACAGGCCACUUUCAGAAAGGAUGAAUUACGAAUAUGAGGUCACACAUCUUACCUGUUUCCUCGGCGGCAUGUUCGGCCUGGGUGCAAAGAUCUUUGAUUUACCCGAGGAUUUGGAAGUCGCCAAGCGCCUCACAGAUGGAUGUGUCUGGGCAUACUCCGCGAUGCCGACCGGGAUUAUGCCCGAGUACUCUCUUGUUGUUCCUUGCAGCGACGCUGAGAAAUGUGAAUGGAACGAGACCUUGUGGGCUGACCAGUACUUGGACCCUAAUCCCGAAUGGAGGCUCCAGCAAAUGGAGAAUUACGAGGAGCGCCUGAAACUCUGGGAGGCUGAUAAACAGCAGUUUAUCCGCAACGAAGCCAUUAGACUCCAAGCAGCGGAGGAAAAGGCCCGCCAGACUCCUUACCCUUACCCUGGCGAGGCUGGGUCCAAAGCGGGCGUUGCUCAGGAGGGGGCAGUACCAGCUGGGUAUGGCGGAGCAAGCCGUGGCGAUGAGAGGAAGCCAGCAAGCGGGAAUCCAGUCAGCGACACACCAGCCAGCGUGAAGCCAGCAAGCGAGAAGCCGGCAAGCGAGAAGCCGGCCAGCGACGAAGAUGGCUAUCCGAGACGCAAAGGCAGCAGCAUCCCUUCAAACAACGCCGAUGGCUCUCCAAGGCGGGAUGACGACGUCGUCGCCCCUCGCCCUGCGGUCAACAAGCGUGAUGUUGACGGAGAAGCAUCUCUUCUGCCAACGCCGGACCCGUCUGAGGACGUGCCACCCACUCCGGCCGUGGAUCCAGCAACGCUGGACCAGCAGGCCAUCAGAGACAAGAUGAAGAAGCUCGAGGCGGAACUCGACCGCUACGACGCAACCAUAGGCCAUGCUUCCUCGUCUUCGUCUUCAUCAUCUUCAGGGGCCUUCGGCGGGACAGUGGGUCAGGUGCCCAUCGAGCAGGCUGCCAUAAGCCUGCCACCGCGACCAGUCAGGCCUGACACACAUGAAGAAUACGUGCAGCACCUCAUCGUUAAUGAGCAGCUCCCGCCGGGUUUCACGCGUAUUGGCGACAAGAGGUACAUAUUAAGGCCUGAGGCGAUCGAGUCUGUUUGGUACAUGUACCGCAUCACAGGCGACCCCAUCUGGCAGGAGAAGGGGUGGAAGAUGUGGAAAGCGGUGGCCAAACACACCCGGAGCCGUGUCGCCCACACAGCCGUGGAUGGGGUGAACAACAAGGACGGCACGACCUCGCCCAUCGACUCGAUGGAGAGCUUCUGGCUGGCCGAGACGCUCAAGUACUACUACCUCCUGUAUUCGGCGCCCGACCUCAUCAGCCUCGACGACUGGGUGCUGAACACGGAGGCGCACCCGUUCCCACGGCCCCGGUGAGGGUGAUCCCCUGGUGUUGUAACCCGAUUGCAGGAGCUAGUUGUUUUCACGUUGUGAGCUUUGUUGUUGUGGUGAGCGAGCAUGGGAUGGAGUUUGGGCGUAUCAGUAGCCGGGGAAAAAAAGGCAUUGAUUGCAUUGCAUAUUGUGGAGAGGUGGCGGUACCUACUUUCAUACAUACCCAUACAUGCCCUUUGUUGCUCGGGUCGGGGGCGGAGAGCACUGCAUGCAUGCACCAGCAUAACAGCAUGGUGUACAGUACCUAGAAUCAACACUACAUGGAGUAUAACUAACUAACUAACUAACUAACUACACCAUAAAUGAGAAUCUGUCGUCCUCG